CGAAAACAGGGCGCAAUAUUCUUUGAAAGCGCUUCUCAGACGGUUUUACUAAUGCAAAUACUUUAAGGAUAGCGGUGUACCAGUUCAAUGGAUUUAAAAGCUGAGGUGUUUUUCCUCAUUGUGAAGCUUUUAGAAAACGAAGGCUGUUCAAGUGCAGCUGAGUUGAUAAAAAAGUUUAUUGACGAGAAAAAAUUGUUACCUGAAAGAAUUAACACAGCUGGAGUAUCAUUCCACAAUACAUAUGACAACUAUGAUAGUCUCCAUAGCUUGAGUAGCCCGUCUUUAUUGGUAGAAUAUUAUGAGCUUUUGAUGAAGCUGGUGCACGAUGGCAAAAGUUGCUCAUCACACGCGAAAACUUUGAUGGGAAUUCAAAGUAGGAUGAAAAAGUUGUUUCGUGCCAAAAGAACAGAAUUCAGUAUAGGCUUGAGAGAAUACAACAAGUCAAAGAAAUUGUUGUUGAAUCACCUACAUCGAUGCUCGAAGCUUCAGUUUCAUAUCCUCGCUCAUCGUACUGCUAUAUACUGUUUGGAGUUUGACAAACGUGGCAAAUAUGUUUUCACGGUAGAGUUAACAGAAUUUCUGUUUUAUCAGUUGAUUGACUUGGUUUUGGUGGUGUAUGCAGUGAAUAAAACAAAAGUAGCUUUUACCGUUUCAGCUUCCAGUGUCAUCUUUAAGCCUUAUGUAAGCAGUUGUUUUGCCACGGAAUGGGAUGGAUUUCGGGUCACACUUUAGGCAGGGCCUGGACACUAUUUAGUUACGUGAUGAUUUAAUAUGAUUCAACCGGAGUUGCUGCAAAGCUCUGCGAAUGAAUGCCAGAAAAUAAAGAUCUUAGGGACUGUGCAGCAAGAUUGCUGAUGAUGUGUGAACAUAACUGAUGUGACACUAGUUGCGACCUGCAUAUCAGACAGAUGGCUGUAAUUUAAUCAUAUGAAAAAUUUGAAAAGUAGUUUACUCGGUUACAAAUGUGAAGUUACUUCUUCAAGUGUCAUGAAAGGAAUAGUUACCAUAGAGUUUUCAGGCUCCUACCCUUGUACAAAUAUGCAUUUCAAUGGUUCAGUCCUCGGAUUGUUGAUGUACUUCUCUCCCGGGACGUGUGUGUAGACUCAGACCAUGCUGUGGUCCGUGAACGUUUAUGCUCACGAUUAAACAUACAUAAAAAGGGCAAUGAGGCUCUAACACCCUCAACUCGAUCAAGAU